ACAGGUACAAUCUAGAAAAAAUAUUUCUAUAUCAGAGAAACAAAAUUCGAUUAAAUCACAGAUUCAAUCGCAUUUUACACCUUACUUCCAAAAACAGUCUCAAGGAGAACUUCGAAACCGAUUUCAGAAACACAAUUCCGCAAUGACGGAAUGUCACGAACGUAAAUAUCUAUUACAAAUAAUCAGACAGGUGCAUUUAGAAUUGUGUAAAGUAUCAAAAACAAUAUGUACUAUCUUCGGUAUACAAAUAGCUUCCGAGAUAGGAAUGAUUAUUAUGAUUCUCACCAGAGCUCUCUACAAUUUAUACAAUCGAUAUAUUAUACAACACAAGGUUAACACAGAUAAUUUAUUGAAGCAAACAGUUGUAACAAUCACAUUGAGUAUCUUUUAUAUUCUAAAAAUUGCAUAUUUAAGUCGCAUUUGCAAACAUGCAGCCGAUAAGGGAAAUAAAAUUAUUGAAAUUAUUUAUUCGAUUUAUGGAUGCGAUAAAGAAUCUAGCGUGCAAGAAGAAAUUCAUCAAUUUGGUAUUCAAAUAUUACAAAGUCCAGUGAGAUUCUCCGCAUAUGGUAUUUCUUUGGAUAAUUAUGUUUGGUUAACUAUGAUACUGAAAACUGUAACAACCUAUUUGGUUAUCAUGAUACAAAUGAGCAACUCAUUGGAAUCGAAUGAAGCUAUUCAAAAUAAUAUAAAUUUUAAAUAAAUGCAUAUUUAAUAU